CACCUCUCCUGGUUUAGUGGAGUAACUAAAGAUACAUAUCCUCUUUCAAGUUCCUCGUUGACCCCAAAUUGAUGAACCUCCGGAAGUCAAUUGAGUAAGCAUAUGCAAUUUGUAUAUCCUUGACUUUCCGUUCCUGGUUCUCUCGCCUCGGUAUAGGCGCUGUCUUCUGAUCACAUCCUCUUCAACAUAGAUUAGCGGAGCCCACAAAACACAAUGCCUACUGUUCACCUGCUCGAUUAUGUAGCUGGAAAUGUCCGCUCUUUGGUUAAUGCGAUAAACAAAGUUGGAUACGAGGUGGAAUGGAUCAAGUCCCCAAGCGAUCUUGAGAAUGUGGAGAAACUUAUCCUCCCGGGAGUUGGUCACUACGGCCAUUGUUUAACUCAGCUUUCCGAAGGUGGCUAUUUAGAACCGAUUAGACGGCACAUCAAUUCCGGCAAACCAUUUAUGGGCAUAUGUGUCGGGUUACAAGCACUUUUCCUCGGGUCUGAGGAAAAUUCCGAGGUGCCUGGUUUGGGCAUAGUUCCUGCUCGGAUGCAGAAGUUCAAAGCCGAUACCAAAAGUGUGCCUCAUAUUGGAUGGAAUUCUGCGAUAAACACCAACGUCAAUUCAACUAGGAAUCAAACCUUCUAUGGGUUGGGCCCUACCAGCAAGUACUACUACGUCCACUCUUAUGCAGCACUCUAUACCCCUGGUCUCCUAGAACAGGAAGGUUGGUCAGUGGCUACGGCUACAUAUGGCGACGAAGAAUUUGUUGGAGCUAUAGCUCGAGAUAACAUUUUCGCGACGCAGUUUCAUCCGGAGAAAAGUGGUCAGGCUGGCUUGCGGACGAUCCGUGCUUUCCUAGAUGGAAAUCGCUUGCAGACGUUAUCUCCAGAAUUGCCACUUUCCGCGGAAAAGAAAGACGGGCUCACUCGUAGGGUUAUUGCCUGCCUUGACGUGCGCGCAAAUGAUGCUGGUGAUCUUGUUGUGACUAAGGGCGAUCAGUAUGACGUGCGAGAGAAAGAUGGCGUCAGCACAGGAGGCCAAGUCCGAAAUUUAGGAAAGCCCGUCGAUAUGGCUAAAAGGUACUAUGAACAAGGUGCUGAUGAAGUGACGUUUCUGAACAUCACCUCCUUCAGAAACUGUCCAGUUGCGGAUACGCCUAUGCUGGAAAUUCUGAGGAGAACAUCGGAAACGGUCUUCGUGCCGCUCACUAUUGGCGGCGGGAUCAGAGACACUACUGAUACUGAUGGCACCCGUAUAUCGGCCUUGGAUGUUGCAACGAUGUAUUUCAAAUCGGGUGCGGACAAAGUGAGCAUCGGGUCUGAUGCUGUUAUUGCAGCCGAAGAAUUUUACGAGGCUGGCCAGACCUUAAACGGCAAAACAGCUAUAGAGUCGAUAUCCAAGGCUUAUGGUAAUCAAGCUGUGGUUGUAAGUGUUGAUCCGAAGCGUGUAUACGUGAGCGGACCGGAGGACACCACACACCACACUAUCCGGACUAAGUACCCAGAUGACUCGGGGCGGUCUUUCUGUUGGUACCAAUGCACCAUCAAAGGUGGCAGAGAGGCGCGAGACCUGGACGUGCGGCAAUUAGCGCAAGCUGUUGAAGCAAUGGGCGCCGGUGAAAUUUUGCUGAACUGCAUUGACAGGGACGGAAGCAACAGUGGAUUCGACCUGGAGUUGAUCAACGAUGUCAAAACCGCCAUCAAGAUCCCCGUCAUUGCGUCCAGCGGAGCUGGGAACCCUGAGCACUUUGUCGAGGUAUUCCAGAACACCACCACUGAUGCGGCCCUAGGCGCCGGCAUGUUUCAUCGCGGCGAAUAUACUGUCAGUGAAGUAAAGAAUUACCUCGAUGAAAGAGGAUUCUUGGUACGCAAGUUUGAGGCCGACAAUUAGGCUAGGUCUAUAAAUUCAAUUCAUGAGCGACCCUCGAACCCGAAGUGCUGUAAAUGUGCAUCUUGGUUGUUAUCAUUCUCUUUGUACUAAGUACUGCAAAGGUCAUAUGGGAAUAGUAUUUCGUUAAAACAGCCCGGAUUGUAUUAUGUGUCAGCAAUCGAUCGCGG